GAUACAUGUAUAUAAAUUUUUGUUAUAUUAUUUUCAAUAAUGAAUUAGUUUUGAAAUUGAUAGGUCUUGAUUCAGUUUCAAUUAUGUUCCUUCUUAUACCAACUUUAUUUAUCUUGUUUCCACUAUCUUCAGAAUAUAAUCCCGAAGAGAGAGAUUGGCUUGAUCAUUGUGACCUCAUUAAAUUAAAGGAAAGAUGUGCUGCUGUAAAAACUACAGCUCCCAUUCCCGAAACAACAACGAAGAAAGGGGGAUUUUUUUGGUGGUGGAAAAGCCAGAAAAAUGUUGGUUUUAGACCAAUGGCUCAUGAAAAAGAAAUAUUGGAAUCAUUGAAACAAAAGCUGAUAUCUGACUCUAAGUUUAGGGGUGAGUCUGAAGAAGACGAUCCUUGGACUUUUGACAGUGAAUAUGAUUAUUACUAUGGAGGAGGAGAUAUUCCAUAUUACUGGAGUGAAACAGUUCCACCACUCUGAUUCGAUAAAUCAGAUUAUCCAAAGAAAUGAGUCUUUUAUAUGUCUAUAUAUUCUACUAUCGAAAUAACACUUUGU